AUGUAUGGUUCAAAAGCAGAGACUGAAACAAUAAACUCGUUAGAAGAAAAUAAGGAAAAAAUAGUCGAGAAGUUAACUGAGCAGUAUGAGCUUUACAACUUGAAGAAACUUCUCGCUUUCUGUCUUCUUUCCCUUCAAGAACUUAAGAGCGCUAAAAUAUAUUUUUGUGAUGAUCAUGAUGACGAUGAUGAUGAUGACGAAGAAUUAUUCCAAGAAAAAGUUAAAGAGCUCAAAGAUGGAUGCAUAACAAGUGCUGUUAUUAAUGAAAUAAUUAAAUUAAUUUGGUCAGAUUGCUGCGUAUUGAAUAUUCAACAGAAUUAA